AUGGAGAUUAGGGUUGGGUUGGCGAAGGGGCUUCAAUUCUACGCGGACCUGACAGAGUUGACGGUGACAUUGGGCAGUGCGACUCGGUCCUUCGUUUCUGAACGGACUAGGAGGGAAAUUGGAGGCAGAGAAGAGGUUGUCAGCAGUAGCGGCCACUUCACCGCCUCCACCACUCGCUGCGAAACCCCCUCUACUCCCGCCACCGCCAUUCGAACCCUAUAA